AAUGUCAAGAGGAAAUUAAAGAGUUUAAUUACCUUAAAUUCAACAGAAAUAACAAGUUGAAAAUUACAAUUUCAUUACUACAAAGAAAAAAACUGUUUAAUUUUAAUAAUCUCUACCUCAAGAAGAAAUUUAAGAAGAUUGGAAAAAGAAAUGUGAAGAAUUAUAAAAAGAUGUAGAAACAAGAAAUCAAACUAUCUUCAGUAUUCAAAGGAAUUUUGAAUCUUUAUCUGCUUUGUUAAAGACUGAAAAGUAAGAGAACAUGGGAGUUCGUGAAGAAGUUAUUAAAUUAAGAGAAAUCAACUAAUAAUUAUAAUAAUAAGAUAAAGAUAAUCAAUACAAGUUAAGUGAAAAUUAAAGAAAGUUAAAGGAGUUUUAAUAAUAUCAUGAAUAAUUAUUAGAUGAAAGGAAAACCAAUCAAAAAUUAAAUGUUGAAAUUAAUAAUUUGAAAAAUUAAAUUAUUUAACUAGAAGCAAUCAUUAACAGAAAAGAAAAUGAAAUUCGAUAAAUGUCAUCAACCAUUUCUUCUUUAUAAAUGGAUCUAUCUUUAUUGCCAUCUUUAUCAAAAGAAAAUGAAAAAUUACAAUAAACAAUUUAAACAUUAAAAGAAUAAAUUGUUUAUUUAGAAGUAAUUAUAAAAUUCAAUCAUUAUUUAGAAAUCUAAUGCUGAUAAAGAAUUAAAUCUAUAAAUUGCAUUCAAAAAUCAUACCUAACUCAAUAGUCUCAUUGAAAAUCUUAAAUUAGAUAAUAUUGCAGCUUAAGGAACUAUUAAACAUCUCAAAAGUGAAGAAAAUGUAUUUUAAUUAUAAUAAAUUAAUAGGUAUCACUUUUGAAAAUUGCUAAACAAUAAUAAGAAAUACAAGAAUUACUAUCCCAAAUUAAAUAAUUAUAGGAUUAACUCAGUAAUCAAAAUACUAUGUUAUAAACUAGAAAUUAAUAGGAUGGCUAAUAAAAUUAAGUCAUUUUAUAAUUACAAAGACAAUUACUGGAAUCUCAAAAAUAAUAUUAAAUUAUUAUUGAUGAAAAUCAAAAUCUAACUAAUUUUGUUAAUGAUAAUAUGUCCAUUAUUGAAUAGUAUUAGGCAGUCUUAUAGACUUUUGGAAAUAUUAAUUUUAUCCAAUUAAUCAAGGAUCAUCAAAAACUUUAAUCUGAUUACAAAUUAAAGAAUGAAAAACUUGAAUAAGCUUAAUAAGAAACAAUAAAAUUGAAUGAAAAGUUAUAAUAAUGUUAAUAAGAAAUUACUAGUGUAAGAAGUUAAAUUACAUAAUUCUAAUAAUAAAAUAAAGAAAUAGCUUAAAAAGCAUCUUAUUUUGAAGAUGAAUUAAAGACUUUUUAAACUAUUAAAUCAACAUCUCAUAAUAAUGAAUAGGUUAUGAAAAGUUUGUAAACACAAUUAAAACAGAAAAGUGAGAAUGAACAAAAUUUAUUAUAAUAAAUGAAAGUAAUUUAAUAAGAUUUAUAAAAAUAUAACGAAUUUGAUGGAUUAAUUAUGACAUAUAAAUAAUUUACAAAACCUGUUGAGUUUAUACUCACUUCUGAUUUAAAUUAACUGAAAUAAAACAUUUAAUAAAUUACUUAAUCAAAUUAAUUAUAUAUAGAAGAUAUUGAAUAGAGAAAUAAAUAAAUUGAAACUCUAAUUAAAUAAAUCUAAGAUAAAGAUUAAGCUUUGAAUGAUUAAAAUUCAUAAAUAUCUAGCUCUAGUGAAUAAAUGUUUUCUCUUAAAAUUAAAUUAGAUUAAGCAUUAAUAGAUUUAGAUCAAAUGAUAAAGGAAAGUAAGACCUAGAAAAUUUCCAUUGAUUAAUUAGGAAAUGAUCUCACUGUUGCUAAUAAAGAGAAUAGGAACCUUGCUUAAUAGGUUUAUGAAUAAAUGGAAAACUUAUAAUAAUUGAAUAUGAAGAAUGGAAAUCUUUAAAAAGAAUUAAAUUGUAUUUAAUAUUAAAUUAAUAUAUUUAGAGAACUAAGAUAUAACAUAUAAAUUAAGUUUGGAUGUAAAAAAUUUAACUUAGAAAUUGAAAAAAGCAGAAGAAGAAUUAGAAAUGCUUGUAAUUAUUUAAAAUUAAUUAUUUUUAGAAUCCCGAAAAAAUGAGGGGUUUAUAAUUUUAAUUAGAUUAGAAAGAGAAAGAAUUUUAGAGUUAAUUGCAAAAUAUUGCUCUUGCUUUAGAUGCAUAAAUCACAUCUAUUACUUGCAAUAAUUGUAUGGAAAUUUUAUAAAAGACAAAUACUUGUUAUCCAUGUGGUCAUUCUUAUUGUGAGAAAUGUUUCUAAAAUCAAUGUUAAGAAUGUUAGGAUUAAGAUGGAUGGUUCAAAAAUAAGAGGUUAGAUGACUUAAUAAGUAAGAUAAAUUAUUCUAAAUAAAUUUUGAAUACUUAUAAAAAGAAAUGA